CUGACAAAAACAUUGUUAGUUGCAAAACACUUGUUGCUGACAAAAACGUUGUUACUUGCAAAACACUUGUUGCUGACAAAAUCAAAGUUACUGACAAAACAAAAGAUGACAAAACCAAAGUUGCUGGCAAAAUCAAAGUUGACAAAACCAAAGUUGUUGACAAUACCAAAUUUGUUUCUUCUGACUGUACUAAGACAUGUGAGCAGGAGAUUACAUCCAACAUCAAAAUGUCAUUGCGCUCUCAAAAGGGAAAGACAGUGAUGGCAAGAACAAAAACUUCAGUUAUUAACAGAGAAGAUGACAAAAAGAAAAAGGAAGUAAAGAAAACAGAUGAAGCAAAGAAAACAGGAAAAGAUACCAACAGCAGCGAUGGCAGCAAGCAAGACUCGUCCGAAUCAGAAGAUGAGAUGUUUUCUAAAAUGGAUAAGAGGGAUUCAGGGAUACCAAAGUUUAUUAAAGGAACAACAUGGCCACUAGAUACUAGUGUAGAGGUUACAGUAAAUUAUGAUGCUGCAAAAGAGAUACGAUCGGUGAAGAAGGAAUUUUAUCCCCUUCUUUAUCACAUGACUAGAGCAGACCCUCGUCAGAUGUCUAACAAUAUAUGUAGAUCAAAAGUUCUCCUGUCUUAUGUUAAAGCCAGAGUUGAACAAGACGAGAGGAGCAAGGACAGGAACAGAACAAGGCAUUUGAUAUCACAGAAGGAAAUCAGUGAUUCUAAGAAGGGGUCUUUGGGUGUAGAGGAAAGACCAGAUUCUCCUAUGAAACUACGUAAAACAUUCACCUCAGCAGCAGUAGCAUCAUCAAUAACAGAUCUCACAGAUGCCAAGACUGAGGUUUUGAAGUUAUUAACCAGGGCAUCUCUAAAAAGACAAGAUUUUGCCAAAUUGUUAGUUUGGAUACAGAAGUUAAAAUUAUGUGGCAAGGAAGGACAUGGGAGAUGGGGUGAAGUUUAUGUAAAAGACACAACCUUAGAUUCUACAGAUUCAUACAGAUACAAUAGCUCAGAUAGUGAUGGUGAGGUAGAGCCGUCCAAGUCUGAUGGAGGACGUGUAAAACAGGUCAGAAGGGGAGGUGUCAUGAAAGGUAGAGGUGGAAGGAAAGUAACGAAUAAAAGAAACAGAUCAACACAUUCUGGGGAUAAACGAAACUCACCUAAUGUUAGAAAUUGGAAAGUAGCAUUGAGGCAGAACACUCCUCAAAGAGGCAGCCAAUCACCAGAACUGGUGCAAGAACAGAAGGUUCAGAAAAAAAUGUGUCAAACACCUGAGCAAGUUCAAUACACAUCACUAAUAAAAUCUUCAUCAGUAUCGCUAGCAGGUAGUAAGAAAGCAUUAAGUUCACCUCCAUUAAGUUCACCUCCAGCAAGUAGUAAAACAUGGAAAUUCAGCACGUAUGAACUGAAAGGAAAGACUUUGUGCAAAAAAGAAUCAGAAAAGAAGAAAAGCAUUGACAAAAAGAAGGAUUCAAUUUCACCUUGUUCUAUACCCAUAGUUGAUGUAAUGUCUGUACUUGAUAAAAAAGAAAUAUCAGUACUUGAUAACAGAAUCAAAGAUAAACACAAACCUCAAGAAUCAAAAUCUCAAAACUCAGGUAGAGGGCAAUCUCGAAGACGACAUUUAUCUCAUAAGGAGGGAAAAAGUGUGAAAUCUAGAACAAGUGAUGAGGAGGAUGAGGAUGAACUCAUUCCACAUAAAAAACAUAGACAAUCAGCUGAUCCAGAAGUGCCUAUACCAGUUUGUUUAUAUCGAGCUGAUGAGAACGAAAACUUGUCGUCACCAGUUGUUGAAAUUGACAAUGUUGAAAAUGGUGUAUGUGUUCCCUAUGAAGACAGGUUUGUGCAAAAGGCAGAGGAGGAGCAAAGACUAUUGAAAGAAUCGUUACAAACUGCUGCUUUAAAUGUUAAUAUCAUACCAGGUCAUUUGAGUACUAGUGCUUUAGGCAUACAACUGAACAUGCCAAAAUUUGGUAUGCCACUUGGUGCUUCAAAUAUUCAGUCUGGCAAAGUACCAAUAACUAGUGCUGGGAUACCUCAGUUUAAUGCUGGACAGUUAAGUCCCUUGUUUCCCCCUUCUAAUAUAGCACAGGGAACCAGUUGUCUGAGAUCUCCUCCACCUCCCUAUACUAUUAGUAAUAGUGUUCGUCAUGUCCCGCCGCCUCAGUACAACAGGGUACCAAUCUCAUCAUCAUAUAACUCAAUCACAUCAACAUUGCCACCACAAAAUGUCACAUUAAUAAAUACCUCCUCUUCCACUGUCACUUCAGAUUCAUCCGGGGUAGAACAGCUGGAACAAAAUCUAGGCUCAUCCACACCAGCUACAGAUAUUACAACUAUGAUUAAUUCAUACACUCCAAACAAUUCACAAUUGACAGACACAACAACAUAUCCAAAUGUCCCAGAGUCAAUGCCAGCUCAAUCAAAUAUUCCAAGAACUCAGUUAAAUGAACCUACAUCUCAAAAUACUCAAGAAAGGGUUAGAGUAAAACAAGAAAAUAAUUCAGGAUUUUCAGAAAAAAAUAUAAUUACAUCAGGACUUAGUAUUAAUGAUGGCAUUACUAUGAAUUUUUCACAAAGGACAAUGCCACCAUUAGGAGAUUCAUCUUUUGGACAACAUGAGCCUUCUUCUUCAACAAACGAUAAUGACAACGAUAAAAAUUCUGUCAAACAAGAAGCAUCCAUGGAUUAUGUUGUUGUUAAGAAUGAAGAAACAGUUUUUAUAUCAUUAGAUAGUGACGACGAUGAUGAAAAUGCGGCAAGGAACAUAUCUAAUAAUGCAAAGAAAAAUACAACCAAUAUAGAUGAUCAAAAGGAGGCUGAUCCCAUCAUUGUCAUUGACGACUAGAUUUUUCAUAAACCUACAGACUAUAUUAUAAAUACAUGUAUACACAUUUAUAUUACAUACUGAUCAUGAGGAUAAAAAAAUAAUGAUAUACAUGUAUGUACCAAUUUUAAGUUUUAAAAAGUUGUUGCUGUUUAAAGAAUAUUUUAAUUGUUAAUAGUUUAAUUAAUUACUAUGAUGGAAACAAGUAAAAAAAGUGUAUUUUUUUUUGGAAAAAAUACUCUUACCUGAUAUAUCAGGUUUUAUUUCUGUUUGUGAUAUAUGCAGGAAUAUUGAAAUUCCAAAUACUGGACGAAUGUGCCAGAAAAGUUAUAUGUUGUCUUUUAAGGGUUAUAAUUUGAUGUGUGGUUGACGCUUAAUUCUAAUUUAGCAUAAAGGUGUAUGGUUAAAGUUCCAUGGGUGGUUUGGCCUCUGAAAAAGUGUGUAUAAAAUUACCAAAGAAGGUUUUUUAUUUGUAUAUUCAUUUCUUAAUUAAAACAAUAAAAGUUAUUAUUGUGCCAAGUCCUUCACUUUUAAAUUUCAAAUUUUAGUUGGGAGAAUUUUAUUUUCAUCAGUACUUAUUGUGCUAAUUAUAUAAUUGCCAGAUGAGUAUAGAGUUGGUUUGUAAACCUAUUUGCAUAUUUUUUUCUGAGCAUGUUAAAUGACAGUAUAGGGUCAUCUGUAAAACCUCUUGUGCUUUUGUUGAAUAUAUCUGUUAUAGUUUGACUUUUUUGCAUAUGAUAUAUAUAUUAUACAUUACUUUUAAUUUCCUUAACUGAUUUCUUGUCUGAAGUUUUGAAGACUCGUCCUGAUACAUUUGUCAUUACAUUAAUUUCUAACAUUAAGACAGGAAGCCUUUUUUGCAUAAUUUUGACAUUACCAUUGCAAUUUUAUAUAAGAUUACAUAUUGCAAUU